AUGUUCUUGAGAAACUCCACAUCUUCAAAGAUUCCAAGGGCCUUCAUUGUGUCAACAUGUGGGUACUUGGUGUCCAUGAAGUCCAUGGAGAAGAGCAUUGUAAUGCUCUUGGUACAUAGGGAGUUCUUCCUCCUCCUCUUGCGGCUCUCUUGUGGCUCAACUUCCUCCAUAGGUUCAUCUUGGUUACUCUUGCUCACUUCUCAACCAACUGAUUCACCUCUUCUCCUUCCUCUUCACUCUCAGUCUCAUCACUUCCUUCCUCCUUUGAACAAGGUUCACUCCAAUCUCAAACUCCCCUUGCUCACUCUCACUACUAAUGGGGUUCCUCCUUUCUUCCCUCAAUCUCUCACUCUCAGACUUUCCUCCUCAGAGUACACAUAUCCCUCUGCAUCAGAUUCUUCCAUCCUCUGA